CAUUUAGACUCCGCCCCUCCGCCUGCAGCCGAGAGACGAAUGAAGCCCCCCGAGUGCCCGGAGCGGACCAUCCUUACCUGGGAGAGGAGCAGGGGCCCGGAGACACUUGUAGUUCCUGUGUGUUCUCUUGUAGUUCCUGUGUUCUCCUCACAGCUCGGUACUUUAUGCUCUGGAUCUAAACCGCUAAGAAGCAUUAGACGCGCCGCGCGCGCACCGUGCUCGUUCCUGGCGGUUUCUCCUGGACACAUGGAGCCCCGUGGGGCCCGGAGCGGGGGGCCCCGCAGCGCGCGGACGUGUAGCCCGAAGGACACGUCCUGAUGCUGCAGACGGCCGACGUGACUCCGACGUCUCCCCUCCCCUUCUCGGAGUAGACUUUGAGUUCCUCUGCCCAGCCCCUCCUCUCACGAUGGACCAGUCGGCCCGCCCCGGUGCCGCCUGGCGGACCCCUCGGAGCGGCUGCUGGUGAGCCCCCCCCCCCUCACAGGCCAAGGAUGCCAGGAUGCCCAUCACUCAGGACAACGCCCUCAGCAUCCUCUCCCUGCUGGAGAACUGGCGCGGGGCUCAGAGGUCCCAGCAGGACCACAACCUGAAUCGAGAUCGCUCCAGCUGCAAGCAGGUGCAUCAGGACUCCCAGCAGAAUGGGGAGGUCGGCCGGCUGUGCAGCAGCAGCGGCGUCCGGGCGGAGGACGUGUCUCUGUGUCUGCCGGCCAUCCUCAAGCUGACGGAGUACAUCAAGUUCAACUUCCUGGAGGGCGAGGCGGCUUCGCCCGGCAGCCCCUCCUCCUCCGUCAGGGAGGGGCCGGACGUGGAGGUCCACGCCGUGUCGCUCUGCAAAGACCCGGGCGACGCCGCCGAGUUCGGCCUCAGCUUCGGCAACAUCCCCAUUUUCGGGGACCCCGACGGGAGAAAGAAGGGGGGCCCGAGGAGGAGGAGGGACCAGGGCCCCAUCGGGGACGUGGGCUGCAUCUGGGUGACGGAGGUGAGGAAGAGGAGCCCGGCGGCCCACUGCGGCGCCAUCAAACUCCGGGAUGAGCUGCUGUCACUCAACGGGCAGCUGAUGGUGGGAGUCGAUGUGGGUGGAGCCAGUUACCUGGCCGACCAGUGCUGGAGCGGAGGCCGCAUCUACCUGAUCAUGCUGCGGCGAGUCAAGCGCCAGGCUCCGCCCCCGCCCUGCAACGCCAACGCCGCCGCUGGAGGCCGCGCCGAAGACCCGCCGCGGUGCGGCGCCGCCUCCGCCCCCCCGGCCAACGGCAAGCGCACGCGGAAGGUUGGCGUGAUAUCGCGGUCGUCCUCCAAUCGGGACUCUGGAUUAAAGAGCUCGCACCACGGCUGCAACGGCUCCGCCCCCGCCGCCGAGGGCGCUCCUCCUGGAGGGGGCGGUCCUUCUGGAGGGGGCGGUCCUCCUAGAGGGGGCGGUCUUCCUGGAGGGGGUGGUCCUUCUGGAGGGGGCGGUCUUCCUGGAGGGGGCGGUCCUUCUGGAGGGGGCGGUCCUUCUGGAGGGGGCGGUCUUCCUGGAGGGGGCGGUCCGGGUGGCGUCCACAGCCCGGCCGCCUCCCCCCUGGGGAGGACGGCGCCCCAGCGGCUCCGCGGCGCCACGCUGCCGACCCGAUGUCACAGCCAGCUGCUGGAAUGCAGCAUGGAAUCCUUCAGCAGUGAAUCUUCAAGCCUGCCCAGAGAGGGCAGCUACAUCUGGAAGAUGCACAUGGUGAAGGGCGACGAGGGGCUGGGCAUCCAGAUCACGGGGGGGCGGGGCUCCAAGCGCUCGCCCCGCGGCGUCGUCAUCGCCCACGUGGAGAAGGCGGGCGCCAUUCACAGGGACGGCCGCCUGCAGGCCGGAGACGAGCUGCUGAUGGUCAGCGGUUUCUCUCUGCUGGGCCUCACGCACCAGGAGGCCGUGGCCACGCUGCGCUCCUCCUGUGGGCUGGUGCAGCUGGUGGUGGCCAGCAGGGAGGAGUCUGACGUGGGUUUUGAGCGCUUCCCGUCCACCAGCCUGCCGGACCUGGUCAGCACCUGCAAGUCCCCCCCCCCCCAGACCUCUGCCUGCUGCCCCCACCUGUUGACUGACCUGGAGAAGCCAGAUGCCCCCCGGCCUCAGGCUCGGUCCACACGCAGUGACCUCUACGGGAGGAACAUGGCGUCCGCUCCCCUGGCGCUCUCUGACGGUGUGCCUGUCCCCUCAGGGGGGGGCGGCCGCCUGGAGUCGGUGGGCGAGGACGACGAGCUGCUGGUGGAGGGCGGCGGCGGCGAGGCGGCGGCGUGGAAGCCUCCGCCCGGACGCCGCAAGCACUCCUUACCUCAGCAGCUGGACGCCACCAGAGUGAGACAGGACCUCGUCAUGAAGAAGUCGGCCCGCUCGCUGAGCACCGUUCAAGUGGAGUCUCCAUGGCGACUGGCGCAGCCGUCCAUUGUCUCCAGCAUCGUGCUGAUGAAAGGCCCGGGUCUAGGAUUCAGUAUCGUUGGGGGGCAGGACUCGGCCCGCGGUCAGAUGGGGAUCUUUGUCAAAACCAUCUUCCUUCACGGAGCUGCGGCGGCCGACGGGCGCCUGAAGGAAGGGGACGAGGUCCUGGAGGUCAACGGGGAGUCCCUCCAAGGACUCACGCACCAGCAGGCCAUCCAGACCUUCAAGCAGCUGAAGAAAGGCGUGGUGACGCUGACCAUCCGGACCCGGCUGCGCAGCCCCAGCCUGACCCCCACCCUGCUGAGCCGCUCCAACUCGCCCAACUCCAACACCAGCGGGGGGACCCCCGUCGCCUCCGGGGGGGAGGAGGCCGAGGGGCACAGGGGCCCCCCCGGUCCUGGUCCCAAGGACUGCAUCAUCAUGGAGGUCACACUCAAUAAAGAGCCCAGUGUUGGUCUGGGGAUCGGGGUUUGCUGUCUGACCCUGGAGAACUCUGCUCCUGGCAUCUACAUCCACAGCCUGGCGCUGGGCUCUGUGGCCAAGAUGGACAGCAGGCUUAGUCGUGGGGAUCAGAUCCUGGAGGUGGACUCGGUCAGUCUCCGUCACGCCGCUCUCGGCGAGGCCUACGCCAUCCUCAGGGAAUGUGGCCCUGGACCGGUCAGCCUCAUCAUCAGCAGGCACCCCAACCCCAAGGUCUCGGAGCAGGAGAUGGACCAGGUCAUAGCUCGAUCCACACUGCGCGACAAAACCAGCAAACCCCGACCUCCACCCCACCCCCAAGGUCCGUCCUGUAAGACCCACCCAGCGCCGAAGGACCGGCAGGGAGACGGGUCCCCGGCCCUCAGCUGGACCAUGAAGAGGUUCCUGGAGCCCGCCAGUCGGCAGGGCUCCCUGAGCUCAGAGACGGAGUUGUCCCAGUACUUCUCCUCCCAGUCGGUGCUCAUGGGCGCCAACAGCGAGGCGGCGCUGCCCCAGAGGAGCUGCAGCGCCUCCAUGGACGACAGCUCGCCACGGCCGCCGGAAGUGCCCAUCGCCUCGCAGCCCAGGACCCCGGUCCACCGCGUGGAGCCCGUCGCCGCCUCUAGCCCCGCCUCCCUCCGAAGCCCUCUGCUCCGCCAGCGGCGCCUGAGGUGCCUUGAGGACGAGCUCAGCGACGAAGACGAGGACGGCGGGCCGACGAAGACGGACCCUCUCGUCUUCAAAAGAGCGUCCGGCGAUCCCCGGCGGGACUCGGCGGUGGCGAGCGCUCCGCCGCCGCUCUGCAGGGAGGGCCUCGUGACCUUGAGGAGGACGGAGGGCGAGUCGUUCGGCCUGGACCUGGAGGUCACGUCGCCCCCUCUGAAGGUGGUGGUGGUGGGCCUGAAGCCCGGGGGGGCAGCAGAGCGGGAGGCGGCGGGGAGCCUGAGCCCCGGAGACCAGCUGCUCCGGAUCGGGGACACGUCGGUGCGCUCCUCCACGUACCGCCACAUCUGUGAGCUCAUGCACCACCUCCCCCGGACGCUGACCCUGGAGGUCAAGAGGCCGCUUUCAGCUGUAGAUCGACUGUCCAGUCUGAUGAUGUCGUCAGGGAGCAGUGACGGCGCCCCGACCCUGAACCCACCUACGUCUGUUCAGGGGACAUCGGAUGAAGGACAAGUAACGGGUGCAAAUUCUGAGAAUUCCAACCACACAACCCGAACAGACGUUCACGUAGCCGUCACCGCUAUCGAGGGCGUGCUAUCGGAAGUGAGCGUCCGCAGUGCUCGACGGACUCCUCCCCCCUGCAACUCUUUAUCUCCGGAGCCUGCAGCCUGCCAUCCCAGCCCGUGUGAGAACAUCCAGGCUCCGGUAGAGUCCGGUCCACUGGGCUCCUCCAGCUCGGAGGCAGGGAAUAGAAACGGUGCCGUGCCCCCUGUGGAGACCCUCAGCUCUGCUGUGUUCUAUGGGCCUCAUGCUGGAUCGAAGUGCAUGUGCCCCAAAGGAGAGGACAGCGACUCCUCCGCUGGCCGCCGUGUGCCGGUCAAUACGACUGCCGGCAGUCUUCACGAGGAGGCCGUGGAGGUCUGUUUGUGUGACGGCCGGCGACCUGCUGCCCGAGACAUAUCGCCCUCGAGCCAGUCAGCCAACGGGGCGCCAUCUUCUCAGCACGACAGCAGUCAAAACACAGAACUGGAACCGACCUCGCCGCUCUCCGCUGACGUCUUACCGGCAAACAACGAAGACUCCGUGACAACGAGCCGAGACUCGCAGCCAUCUCCUCCACUUGGGGUCUCCGCUCCGGUGCAGCAAUGCCACACUUCACCUGUGGAUUCCUCAGAGCGCCACCCGGAUGGUGCCAUGGAGCCCUGUGACGGAGGCCCGUCUCCACCAGGUACCCACAGAGUCACGAAGGGUACCACUACUACACAUGUGCAUGCAGAUUCCUUGCUGUCCUCAACUUCAUGGAAGAACUUGAAUACACAAACACUCCAUUCAGCUCCAGUGGAGUCAGAGGCCUCAGCUUCAAGAAUCCACCAAUUGGACACAAGAGUGUCGGCGUCACUGACGAGCAAAGAAAAAGCUUUGGAGUGUAGAACUAAUUUAAACUCCCACGCUAUCUCCGUGCUCAAGAAGAGCUCUGGGCUCAAACCUCCUGGUGAUCGAGACUAUCCCGUUUGGAGCAGUAGCUUCAAGCUGCAGGUUGAAACUCAAAUCAGACUAAACGCCAACGUUCCCAAGUUGAAGGGCCUUGCUAUUAAGAGUAGGAACACAGCUCAGGAGGAGCCGACUGGUCGGGAGAGUCCCGUAUCCUUAAACCAGUCGCCGAAAUACCCAUCAACACCCACCACGUCCAGCUCUUUGAAAGACAAGACCCCAUGCCUGGAUUUGCCCAAAGUAAGUGAAAGAAGGCCAGCUGAGGCCGGGCCCUCAGGGACCUCACAAACAGAGAUCCAGUUCAGCUCCAAACCGCCAGCCAAGGCACACACGACCACUCAGAGGACCUUUAUCGAGGUUCGACUGUCUUCCCUGUAUGGCUCUUCACCACAGAGAGAGACGGUGACUCCAGAAGACUCUCAACCCGCUCAAAGAGGCACAGAUGCAGGACCAGCACCCACGGGGUCUCCUGCCAACUCCACGGCAGAAAGAACUAAGGGCAAAGAAGAUUCAAGCCCAACCAAUGGCUCCAAACCCAGAACCGUGGUGGAGACGAGUGAGGCCCUGAAGCCCAGCAUGAAGACGAUGGACAGGCGGAGCCUCCCCACGGACACCGCCUUGUCCUCCGUCCGGCACAAGAUCAAGUCCUUUGAGAACCUGGCUAACUUUGACAAGCCGGUGGCUAAGAGCAGCGACAUCCAUUCGUACGCGCUGGCCUACAGAGCCUCGCUCCACCAGAGGAUCGCCGGGUACAUGGGCGUGGUCAACUCCAUCGACUGCCGGUCCCGGCAAAGGAGUUUCACUUCUUAUGUGGAGAACCUGAUGCCCACGACGCGCUGCUCCCCUCUCCUCACUACAUCUCCAUCCAGCAUUACACUGACCAACCUCGAGCUCCCACGUUCCAGCUGUAGCGCGGUUCCCCCGGCGGAGGGCCUCCGAGCUUCGGACGGGGCGGGGCCACUGACCCCCCAGGUGCUGCGCAGGAAACACGGCAGGCUUCCCCUCGGCAGCUUGCGGCAGCUCAGGGCGAUCAGCAUGCCUGACUUGGAUCAACUCUGCACCGAGGACUUCGGCAGCGACCGCGGUGCGGCCGUGGAGACGACCGAGCGCGGCGGCGACGCCGUCCUCCAGACGGCCACAGAGGCCCAGAGCUCUCCGGCUCCCGCAGACCGGACGAACGUGGAUGUGACCCGGGACAGCGGAGGUGAUGUUGGAUCCACUGAAGAUCCUCCUCAGGGAACCCCAGAGACCCCCGGCCAACCGCCUGGCUGGGCCAUCAGUUUCAAGGAGCUGGCUUCUUCCCCCGGCAGUCAGAGUGCUCUGCUCAGCCUGCUGACCUCCCCGGGGCUCCAGUCCUACGCCUCGGCCCUGCUGCAGGAGGCGCAGGCGCUCUCACAGGUCAACGGUAACACUCACCUGGUGGUCCUGAGCAAAGAGGAAGGCUCGGGGCUCGGCUUCAGUGUUGCUGGUGGAGUCGACCUGGAGCAGAAGGCCAUCACUGUCCAUCGGGUCUUCAGCAAAGGGCCGGCGAGCCUGGAGGGGAGGAUCCAGAGAGGGGACAGCGUCCUGUCCGUCAACGGGACCAGUCUGGGGGGUAAGACCCACUCCGAGGUGUUCUCCUGCCUCCAUCAGGCCCGGCUGUCCACUCAGGCCCUCGUGGUCAUCUGGAGGGACGAGGACGGAGAGCUGGACGAGAAGUCUUCUGGAGCCGGAACCGGUGGGUCCCCUGUGCCCCCCCCCUCACUGAUGUAUGAUGUGCAACCUCAGCAACCUCAUGAUGCCCCUCUCUGUGGUGGUGGGGGUCCAGACGGUGCUUCAGCGGUGGAGCUCCACAAGUCCUCCGCUGGCCUGGGUUUCAGUCUGGAAGGGGGGAAGGCCUCGUCCCAGGGGGCGCCGCUCACCGUCCAACGCAUCUUCAAAGGAGGCGCCACAGAGCUGUCCGGGCUGAUGGAGGUGGGCGAUCAAGUCGUGUCCAUCAACGGGCGUUCUCUGGAGGGCCUCCUGCACCACGACGCCUGGAAGGUCCUCAAAGCCACCGAGGAAGGGCCCAACCAGCUCCUGGUACGCAGGGCGAGGCCCCUGCCCGUAAAGAACCAGGCCCUGGAGAGCUGAGGCGGAGGAGGACUCUGGUCCUGGAGGCCUCUGUUGUGUUUGGUGACAUGUGUUUGUAUGUAGGAAUAGCCAAAUGUGAGGGACCACUAACUAUCGAGAUUUACAUUGAUUCAUGAUUUAUUUCAGAAGGGAGGGAAGUUUGUUUACAAUAGAAUCACUAAAGGAUCUUCUUUUUUAUUUUUUAAAGUCAGUAUGUGGAUCAUGCUCACCUGACGUCUUCGACCUUUGUAAAUGUAAACGUCUUAAAAUCAUUUAAAACCUU